UUUGGGGCAAACUCCAACUAUACCCAUGGAAAUGACUAAAGAGAGAGUGUAGGUCCCAAAGGCGCGCACCUAAUUCUUGAGUUGCAGCGUCUUUUCUCGAUCUGUGAACUGAAAGUUGAAACCUCAGAUCUCCAAUUUGUAUCUGGGAAUUGAAGACCUCAACUUCUUUUCCAUUUGUCCUGCAACAGAUUCAGAAACGAGUUGAUCAGCCUUUCAUGGAGCUCCCAUGUAAACCACGGAAGGAAGGGGAUGCAGGCACUCAAUUUACUUCAACUUGGACGCCGAUUGCUCGUCCGACAAUAUGGCCAUCCAUCCGGUCCUUCCUAUUGAUCACAGGAACGCGGCAUGACGUAAACCCUACUACCGCCACGGCAAGUCUGGGUAUAAAAAAGUUGCAUUGUAGUAUGACGGAUUUAUAGGUUUCACUUCUUCGGUCUGAAGAGAGGGUCAGUUGCAUUCAUAUCGGUGUUCCUCAUCUGGAGAGAAGACUACAACACCAGCUCACAGAAGGAUGAGUCACUCAAGAGGGUUGCCUUAUAACACAAGCAAUGAUUUGGAGACCGGUCUGAAGGAGGUUCCUGUUGAGCGCAUGAACCGUUGGGUGGUAAACAUACAAGAAAUGGAGAAAGGAGAGAGGGAGAAAUUGUCAAAUAAUCAAGCGAAACUACUUCAUAAAGCAUUAUAUCGAUUCCGCCACACACUAGUCCUGAAAAGGGCAGAAGAAAAGAAGCAGGCGGCACGGAAACUUAGAGCACAUGCCCAAGCCCUACGAGCUGCGGCUAUCUUCAAAGAAGUUGCAGAUCAAGUGAAAGGGACCGGUGAUUAUUUUCCAAUUGAACCAGAUGAAAUUGCUAGUUUGAUGAGGAAUAGUGAUGUUGAUGCUCUACAGCAAUAUGGGGGGAAGGAAGGCUUGGCAGAUUUACUGAAAACAGAUUUACACAAGGGCAUUGAUGGGGAUGAUUUGCUAAAGCGGAGAAUUAAAUUUGGAUCAAACAUAUAUCCUCCAAAAACAGCAACGAGCCACUGGACAUGUCUUUGGGAAGCUCUGUACAAUUUUACUCGGAUCGUUUUGGUGAUUGCUUUUAUGGGUUCUGUUGUGAUGGGUAUUCUGGAAGAGGUUAUUAGAGCUGGUCGACAAGUUGUAGUUUCUAAUUGUGAUAUUGUUGUUGGUGAUGUUCUACCCCUUAAGACUGGUGAUGAGGUCCUUGCUGAUGGCAUUUUAAUCCGUGGCCGCUCACUUGCAAUUGAUAAGAGUAGAGUCACUGGAGAGAGCAAGAUUUUUCACAAGGAUUCAAGGAACCCAUUUCUACGGUCUGGCUGGAAAGUAGCACAUGGCAGUGCUACUAUGCUGGUAACUGGGGUUGGGAAAUGUACUGAAUCAGGAAUUCUCAGGGCUAGCACGUAUUCAAAAGACACCGAGAGUAAAACCCCCUUGCAGGUGCUUUUAAAGGAGGUUGCUACUUUCAUGGGUGCUGUCGGAUUCAUGGGUGCUGCCAUUGUUGCAUAUGUUGUUUGGUUCAGAGACUUCUUUACUGGUGAUAAUUCAAAUGGAAGUCCUGAACCUGGAAGUACACUUGAAGAAGUGAUUAGAAUUAGUACCAUUGCAGUCGCCAUUUUUGUCGUUGCAUUACCUGAAGUACUUCCUUCAGCUUUCAACAUAACCCGUCUCAGCUCGAUGAAAAAGAUGAAGGCAGACAAUUGCUUGGUGCGGAGGCCAGCUGUAUGUGAAACCAUGGCCUUAUGCAAUGAUGCACUUUGUGACAAGACUGGAAUAACUUUGAACCAGAUGACUGUUUCUGAGGCCUAUGCUGGUCAGAAGAAAAUCAAUUUUGCUGACAGCACAAGCAACUUGUCUCCGAUAUUAUCGUCCUUACUCAUUGAAGGAAUUGCUCAGAAUACGAGUGGCAAUCUAUCUGUGCUUGGGAGUGGUGAUGUUCAGGCUUCUGGAUCACCAAUUGAUAGGGCAAUUCUGCAUUGGGGAGUCAAGCUGGGAAUGAAUUUUGAUGACAUAACGUCUCAGUCUCCAGUUAUGCAAGUUUUGCCAUUCAGUUCAGAGAAAAAACGAGGUGGUGUUGCACUUAAUCUGACACACGGUCGAGUUCAUGUACACUGGAAAGGGGAAGCUGAAGGAGUCUUAGCCUCAUGUACAAGAUACAUUGGGGCUAAUGAUCAGGUUUUACCAAUGGAUGAUGAUAAGUUAACAUUUUUUCAAAAAGCUAUCGAGGAUAUGGCUUCUGGAGGCUUGCAUUGCGUUGCUAUUGCAUAUACAUCACUUGAAUUGGAAAAUGUUCUAAUCAAUAGUAAUGGAGAACUAGCGCGGUGGGAACUACCUGAGGAUGACCUCAUUUUACUAGCUAUUGUUGGUAUUAAGGAUGAUUGUCAACCGGGGAUCAAGGACUCGGUGGAAAUAUUGCAAAGAGCUGGCAUUAAGGUACGCCUUGUUACGCAUGACAAUCCUCAAACUGCAAAAGCACUUGCUAAGGAAUGUAGCAUACUUGCUUCUGAUGGGUCAGACGCUAGUGAGGAAAAUCUUAUUGAAGGAAAAGUGUUCCGAGAACUUUCUGAUAGUCAGAGAGAAGAAUUAGCAGAGAAGAUUUUGGUAAUGGCACGGUCUUCCCCCAAUGACAAGCUUUUGUUUGUGCGAGCACUGCAGAAAAGAGGAAAGAUUGUUGCUGUCACUGGAUAUGUCAGUAAUGAUGCUCAUACACUACAUGAGGCCGACAUUGGUCUUGCUAUGGGUAUUCAAGGGACUGAAGUUGUUAAAGAGAGUUCAGAUAUCAUAAUCUUGGAUGACAAUUUUGCUACAGUAGCCAAGGGUUUCAGAUGGGGACGAUCUAUACAUGAAAAGGUUCUGAAAGUUAUGCAGCAGCAACUUACAGCCAAUAUUGUAGCAGUAACUAUAAACUGCAUGGCGGCAGUUUACUAUCGUCACAUCCCGCUCAAUGCUGUGCAGUUUGUGUGGGUGAAUCUUAUCAUAUUUGGUCUUGGACCACUAGCAUUGACUACUGAAUCUCCGGCUGAUCACCUGAUGAACGUACCCCCUAUUGACCGAGGACAAACUAUUAUAAAAUAUAUUCAGUGGAAGAGACUGUUGAUACAGGUUCUCUACCAAAUUAUUGCCCUGCUUGUCAUCAAUUUUCAAGGAGGGAGUUUACUGAAAAAUUAUACCAGAGACCAUGCCACAAAAGUGAAGAAUACAAUGAUAUUCAACACAUUUGUUGUUUGUCAGAUUUCCAUUGAAUUCGGAGUUCGAAAGACUGGUAUAGUGGACCAUCCUUUGAAAUGGAUUACUGCUAACUCUGUGUUUCUGGGAAUAGCUGGAAUAAUUCUUGUGAUUCAGUUUAUCAUCAUUGAGUUUCUUGGAAAGGCCUUUUUCAUAGUUAGGCUUGACUGGAAAGAGUGGCAGUUUUCGCUGACUCUUGGUAUUGUCGAGUUGUUGUUUGCACUGCUUCUAUUUCUGAAGCACUUGACACAAAGGAAUCAUAAUUAGGAUCCUAUGUCCGUGAUGUUUAAGAUUUGAAGGUUCCAUACAUCUUCAUGAAAAUUAUGUGCAGUGGAGUUGCAGUAAGUGAACUUGAAAGUUGUGUCACUGUGUAUGGUGUAUAUAAGAAAUGCCCUUCCCACUGAAAGCCCUACAUUAAUGUAAAUUAUGAUACUAUGCAACUGAUUUUAUUACAAUAUUGCCUUGACUUGUACAAGUAUGACUGCUAAAACUCUCCCUAAUAACCACCACAAUUAAUUGUGCUUGUAUAUAUAUCGACAUCACACUUUUUUUCACUAGUAAAGCCUACAUUACAUUUCUUCGAGUCAAA